AUGCCGGCACAAAAGAACGGUGUUCCCCGGCGACUAAAGGUCGGAGUGGUGGGAAUUGGUCGCAUGGGGCGACAUCAUGCUAUGAACCUACUUCAUCAAACUCCUCGAGCAGAUCUCAUUUGUGCCUGUUCGCCCACUGAGGCAGAUCUGGUAUGGGCAAAUGAACAUCUAGUGCCACACGGCGUUCAUUUUGUCCCCACUUUUGACGAAAUGAUCGAAAUUCCAGGCCUCGAAGCCAUCCUCAUCGCAUCUGCAACAUACCUUCACACGUCUCAAACCAGAACUGCCUUGAAUAAAGGGUUGCAUGUACUUUGCGAGAAGCCAGUGUGCCAGACGUUGGAUGAGCUAGUUGCUCUUGUCGAUCAAGUCGAGGGCCGCCCUCAGGCAAGGCUCAUGGUGGGAUUUGUGCGUAGAUUCGAUGAAAACUACCAGAAUGCCCUGAGUCAACUCAAGCAAAACGCCAUUGGAAAGCCUGUGGUAAUACGUUCUCAAGCUAGCGACCCUAUCGACGAGAGUCCAUACUACAAGCAGUAUCUGAAAGACUCUGGGGGCAUAUUUGUGGACGCUACCAUUCACGACAUAGACCUUUCUCUUUUAUUAUUCGGAGAUGACUCUCAGCCCAAGUCUGUGUCCGCCGUUGGCGUGAGAGCAAUCCACCCUGAGAUUGAAGCCUGUGGAGAUGUCGAUAAUGCUGUGGGUAUCUGCGAGUAUUGGGAUAAUAAGAUCGCAUUUUUCUACAAUAAUAGAAUGGCAGCACAUGGAUAUGACAACGCCACUGAGAUUCUUGGAACUAUGGGAAAGCUGUCGGUCAACCUCAUCCCAAGACGCAAUGCUGUCGAGCUUUGCGAUAAGGAUGGCGUAGUUAAGACGUUUGCGCAUACAGGCUGGUAUGAGCGCUACGAAGCGGCAUUUGUUAAGGAAACAAAUGGAUGGGUGAAUUCCCUUCUUGAUAAUACGCCUCUGCCUGUACCUUUGCGUUCAUCCUUGACAUCCCUCAAGAUCGCCACUGCCCUUCAAGAGAGUCUUAGAACUGGGAACAAGAUUUGCUUUGAUCGAAAAGGGAACCGAAUCAAGGAAUGA